AUGCAAAAGGUAUGGAGCGCCAAAGGAUGUGCUGCUAAAACGGAAGGUGCUGUGAGGGGAGGUGCUGGGAUGGUGAAGGGAGGUGCUGAGAUGGUGAAUGCUAUGUUGGUAGGUGCUGUGAUGGGAGGUGCAGAGAUGGUGAGUGCUGUGAUGGGAGGUGCAGAGAUGAUGGUGAGUGCUGUGAGGGGAGGUGCAGAGAUGGUGAGUGCUGUGAGGGGAGGUGCAGAGAUUGUGAGUGCUGUGAGGGGAGGUGCAGAGAUGGUGAGUGCUGUGAGGGGAGGUGCAGAGAUGGUGAGUGCUGUGAGGGGAGGUGCAGAGAUUGUGAGUGCUGUGAGGGGAGGUGCAGAGAUGGUGAGUGCUGUGAGGGGAGGUGCAGAGAUGGUGAGUGCUGUGAGGGGAGGUGCAGAGAUGGUGAGUGCUGUGAGGGGAGGUGCAGAGAUGGUGAGUGCUGUGAGGGGAUGUGCAGAGAUGGUGAGUGCUGUGAGGGGAGGUGCAGAGAUGGUGAGUGAUGUGACGGGAUGUGCAGAGAUUGUGAGUGAUGUGAGGGGAUGUGCAGAGAUUGUGAGUGAUGUUAGUGGAUGUGCAGAGAUAGAUGUGAGUGAUGUGAGGGGAUGUGCAGAGAUUGUGAGUGAUGUGAGGGGAUGUGCAGAGAUAGAUGUGAGUGAUGUGAGUGAUGUGAGGGGAUGUGCAGAGAUAGAUGUGAGUGAUGUGAGGGGAUGUGCAGAGAUAGAUGUGAGUGAUGUGAGGGGAUGUGCAGAGAUAGAUGUGAGUGAUGUGAGAAGGAGUUCCUGGCGGGGAGGGCUUAGAGGGGAGGUGCUGGGAGCGGGGCAGCUCGGGCUAGGUGGCAAGGAAUGUUUGCCUGCAGUUCAUAGGGGGGUAGCAGGGGAAGAGUAA